AACCAGAAAGAUAUAAAAGAAAAUGCUGAAAGAAUAAAAGAAGUUCUUGACAACAUGAAAUAUGGUGAAGAUAUAACAUUUGAAGGUUUUCUUAACAACUUACAAUUAACUGAAGAAAGUUACAUCUUAGCUAUAAGACACACCCUAAAGAGGGCAACGUUAUGUUUGAAAAGGGCACCAUCUGAAAUAAGGAUAAACAAUUAUAACAAUGUUUUACUCAAAGCCUGGCAAGCAAACAUGGACAUUCAAUAUGUACUAGAUCCCUAUGCAUGUGCCACAUACAUACUCUCUUACAUUACAAAAGGACAGAGAGGUAUGAGCAGGCUUCUAGAAAAGGCAUCUGAAGAAGCCCAAUCUGGUAAUAAAGAUGUUACAAAUAGAGUGAGGCACAUUGGAAACAAAUUUUUAAAUGCAGUUGAAAUCAGUGCCCAAGAAGCUGUUUAUCUUGUUUUACAAAUGCCCAUGAGAAGAUCUUCCCGUGAUUUUCAGUUUAUUAGCUCAUCACCUCCAGAUGACAGGACAUUUUUGUUAAAGAAACUGGAUAAGCUCAAGGAAUUGCCUGACAGUUCACCUGACAUAGAAUCUGACAACAUAAUUAAGCGUUAUCAAAGGAGACCAAAACAGUUAGAAAAGUUGUGUUUAGCUAACUUUGUUGCAUGGUAUAACUAUGUUAAAGAUGAACAUGCUGAUUGGAGUGGAAAUGGGUCAUCAGUCACAGGUCUUGAUGACUUCUUACCAGAAACAAGCUUUGAUGACAAUACUGAUGAUGACCCUAUUAGUAUUAAUGUCACUGAGUGUCAAUUUGAGCCACAUGAAUACAAACUUAAAGGAGGAAUGAAACUGGUUAAACGAAAGAAACCUAAAAUCAUACGAUCUGUUAGGUACAAUAAAGAUAAGGAUCCAGAAAACCAUUUUCGAGAACAGCUUAUGCUUUAUACACCAUGGCGAAAUGAAACUACUGAUUUAAUGAAAGAAUGUCAAACUUACCAAGAACGAUUUGAACAGGUUAAGGAUAAAGUUAUCAGCAAUAGGCGUCAACAUGAAUACCAUUCAGAAAUACUAGAUAAAGCAAUGGAAGAUAUGAAUAAUGCUGAAUAUGACAACUUUGACACUGUUGCUCCAAAUGCAGAGCAUAUCAGUAAGCAGGACUGUGCUGUCAAGGAGAAGCCUAGUGAAUUAUUUGCUUGCUUUGAUCCUAGAAAAAACAAGGACCAUGAACAGUAUGAUUUGCUAGAUGAUAUCGGAAUCUUCCCUAGAAGUAAUGAUGAGGAGGAACUCGUUAUAAAGCGGAUGUCUGAUGAUAAUUAUUUUGCACUUGUCCGCUCUUUGAAUGAAAAACAGAGACAAUUUUUUUAUCAUGUGUUACAUUCAAUAAAAACUAGGGAUGACCCUCUUAGAUUGUUCUUAAGUGGAGGUGCUGGAGUUGGCAAAAGUACAGUCACCAAUGCAUUAUAUGAAGCAUUAAUAAGAUAUCUGAAUAGUAUUGCAGGGGAAAAUCCAGAUGAUGUGAAAGUUGUAAAAGCAGCUCCUACUGGUAAAGCAGCUUUUAAUAUUAAAGGCAAUACAUUACAUUCUGCUUUUAAGAUACCUGCCAAUAGAGGUUUUGAGUAUUGUGCACUGGACAGCGACAGACUAAAUACCAUUAGGGCGCAACUCAAGAAACUUAAGACAAUUUUUAUUGAUGAGAUAUCCAUGGUAGGAAGUGGCAUGUUUAACUUCUUGAAUGCAAGACUGCAACAAAUAAUGGGGACAAAAGAACUAUUUGGUGGAAUUAGUUUAAUAACUGUUGGUGAUCUUUUCCAGUUAAAACCAGUUUUUGAUAAGUGGAUCUUUGAAAAUUCUGCAAUAGGCUACAGUGCUUUAGCAAGUAACAUU